GGGCUAAUCGAAAUGGGUCAUUUUGGCCCAAUAGCUACAGAACCAUGAUCUUCAACCUAAACCUAAAUCCCCCUUCUUCUCUCUUUCUGCGACUCUAUCAGUGAAUCGAAUCCAACAAGCAUCGAAGCUCGGGAAUUGAAUUGAAUUUCUUUAGCUCCAGCGGUGAGGUUGCAGAUUGGAAGAAGAUGAAAAAGGGUGUUCAUCCACAGAAGCAAUGGAUAUCCUACGUUACACAAACGGGUAGGUUGAUGCAUGUGAUGAUGACAAAGAUACACCCUGUUGGAAAAGUCUACCACUUCCGGGCUAAGCGUCAAAUGGCCGAGAGUUUAGGACAGAUUGCCAAGUUCAGACGCCGCUUUGGUCUAGAAAAUCAAGCGGCCAAUGAAAAAUAACAAAAUCAGUGGGUAGAAGGAACUUUGGCUUUUCAUUUUGGAAGAGAAUAACAGGUAUAUUGGUGGUAUACUCUCAAUCAGGGUCUUUUGUAGCAUUCAAUAUGUGUGUAGUUAAACUGCACAAAUGUUCUUUUUUAGUUCAUAUUAAGUGAUGUCUUUAGCAAUUGAUAUUUGCUUGUGCGUUUAUUAAUGCAAAUUCAAGCUGGAGAUCUUUGUCGACUGUUCUGGAUAUUACUGAGAGUGGAAAUUUAUUGUUGGGCACUAGGUUACCCUGAUGUUUAUGUUGAAGGCUCAAGUUACUAGUUUGAAUUGAACAGCGGUAUCUAUGAUUGUUUAGUUGGUUAGUAAAUAUUGUCUGAAACAACCAUCUGCAAUAUGCCUAUUUUAAUUUGUUCAUA